AUGGAUCUAGUUCAAGAUAUCCCAACCGAAUAUUUCUAUCCGAAUUUCAAUCAAAAAGAUCUCACACCUGAAGUUGGUUAUUAUCAACCUGAAACUUCAACUUUUCAAUCCUCGUUUGUUGAAGAUUUUAACUUUUACCCACAACAAUUUGAUUAUACCCCAUCUUAUGGUUCACCACAAAGUUCAUUUCAAGAAAGUAUAGAAUCCUCUCCUUCGCUUUCAGAUUAUGAACCUUCAUCUGAUGGUUAUGCCUCUUGUAUAAGUUCCGGAAUUUCUUCACCAAAUCUUCCGACCGACACGAUGUAUUUUGAACAAGAGAGAAGGAAUUCUUUUGAAUAUACUUCGGACUUUUCACAAAUCAAUCAAGAAACCUAUGACAUCGAUGCACAGUUUCAACAAUUUGGCGAUCUAGGUGUUGAACCAGUUCCUUCGCUUAAACUUGACACAAAUAUUCCUCCUUCAAAUGAUCAAACCGCGGCUACGGAUAAUUUUUUCUCUGAUUCUACUUUUGCUCAUUGCUUGUCAGUUGAACCUCAACCAAUGUUUAACUUGGUACCAGCAACCCCAAUCACUCCCACAAAGGCUGCUGCUAUCGCUGAUAGCCUUUUCCCUUAUACAAUUCAACUUCCCCCACUUCAAUCUACUUCUGUACCUAAUCCUGAUGAACAAUUACCAACGACCAUUAGAAAAUCAGAUUCGAGUUUAUUACGUGGUAGAAGCCAUUCUACGGUUUCUCAUCGGGGUCAUCGUAAAUCACUUCCAAGUGAUAUGGUAGAAAGGUUAUAUACAAUGAAUUUAGCACCUCCAAAACCUGCUCGUAAAUCAAAAACUGCUGCACCUUUCGAAUGUCCUUACGAGGAUUGUCCAAAAACUUUUACUCGUCAAUACAACCUUAAAAGUCAUUUACGUACUCACACCGAUGAAAGACCUUUCCUUUGUGGGUAUCAAGGUUGUAUGCGAGCAUUCGCAAGACAACAUGAUCGUAAGCGUCAUUAUAAUUUACAUUUGGGUUUUAAACCUCACGUGUGUAGCCAUUGUGGGCGUGCUUUUGCUAGAUUAGAUGCUUUGAAUCGUCAUCUUCGUUCAGAUGGUGGUGCUCCUUGCGCUCAAGCAACUCUUCCAAAUUCUGGUGCAAAAAAAUUUAAACCUGUCAACAUGUAA